AGGCGGGAAUGCCAAAGGCCGGGUCUCCCCAGCCUGGCUUGCCCUGCAGUCCUGCUGAGCCCCCUUCCCGCUAAUUGGUCCCAGAUGGUUUUGCCUCUUUCCAAAGCAACAGGAACUUUGGCUACUCGAGGGGGUGGAGGGAAACAGAGGGAGAGAGAAGGAGGGGGCUGGUGCUGUUGGAAGCUGCUGGUAGGAACCGAGAGGAGAAGCAGAAAAAUAAAAAAGGGAAGGGAAGGGGGGAGGUUGCCACGGUGAGUUGGCCGCGCCCAGUCCAGGGCUUGGCUCGCGCGCUUUGCAGGACGCUCAGCCCAGACCAGACGGCGUGUGUGGAGAGCAAGCGGGCCGAAACUGCGAGGCAUCCAUUGCAACCAGCCUGGGAAGCUCCCUCCCUUCCCCCCUGCGCGAGCCUGGCUGGCUGCUCCGAGGGAAAGGCGGCCUGAGGGGGAGAAAUGCGGGAGGCGGGGACUGUUGCCCGCCUGCUUCCAAUGAGCUCAUCCUGCCUGGCUGGCGCUGCUGGAAGAGUCCCGCUCGGGACGCACACCGAGAGACCCUGAAGCGCCUCGGAGGCGCUGGACUCCCGGAGAAACGGAAAAAAAGAACAGUGUUAAAAUGUUAAAAGCCGUUUUGAAGAAAAGCAGAGAUGGUGGAAAGGCAAGCAAGAAGGAAUCUGGUGAUUCAUGCUCAGAAAGUGCACUACAGAUAAUUGCCACAUCUGGCCACCAUGCAGAUUUCCCCAGUGGUAUCCAGCCUGCACCGGAAGAUGUCUACAGAAUGAACUUGGCCAAAGGAGUUUCAAUGUCUUUGCCAUCAUCACCUUUGCUGCCUCGCCACGCCUACUUGAUGCAAUCAAGAGCAAGCAAAAAAUCGCCAGGUCCCAUCAGGAAGCCCAAGUAUGUAGAAAGUCCCCGGAUACCAGGAGAUGCAGUCGCCGUACCAAUGAGGAAAGUGUUGGAGCCGACAGAUCCCAACCAGAAUGAAACAAAGUCAGAGAAGGAAUCAAGCUGUUCACCAGCGGCUCAGGAACUGAUGACAAGACUGGGAUUUUUACUGGGAGAAGGGAUUCCAACGUCUGCCCAUAUCUCUGUGGAAGAAAAGCGUGAAGCUAUGUGCACCAUAGCUAGCCAAGGAGUCAGUCCCUGCUCUACCCUGACGAGCAGCACCACAUCGCCAAGCACUGACAGCCCCUGCUCAACUCUGAAUAGCUGUGCUGGCAAAACAGCGGCCAACAAAAGUAGUCCCUGUGGGACCAUUAGCAGCCCAAGCUCCACGUUGGAAAGCAAGGAUAGUGGAAUUAUAGCGACAGUAACAAGUUCAUCUGAAAACGACGACCGUAGUGGAUCCAGUUUGGAGUGGAGCAAAGACGGCAGCCUCAGAACUGGUGCACAUCAAGGGAUUAUUCAUGAACGGAGAACAGAUAAUUGCUCGCCAGUUGCAGAAGAGGAGACGGUGGGGUCUUCAGAAAGUCUGCCAAAAGUGGAAGCAUCUUCUGGAGAUGGCCCUGUGACUUACACUCAAAGCUCUGGCUCAUUAGUAAUGCCUCGGCCCAAUUCCGUUGCAGCAACAAGCUCCACCAAGCUAGAAGACCUGAGCUAUUUGGAUGGUCAGAGGAAUACACCAUUGAGGACCUCAAUUCGCUUACCAUGGCACAAUACUGCUGGAGGGAGAGUUCAGCAAGAAAUAAAAGCUCGUUUUGUCCCUUAUAAGCCUCAAGACAUUCUGCUUAAGCCACUAUUGUUUGAAGUGCCAAGCAUAACAACGGACUCUGUGUUUGUCGGAAGAGACUGGCUGUUUCAGGCAAUAGAGGAAAAGUUGAAGAAUAAUAAAGACCAGGCAGAAACCAGGGGAGCUGUUGUUGUUGGAAAUGUGGGAUUUGGGAAGACUGCUAUUAUUUCAAAGCUUGUGGCACUUAGCUGUCAUGGAAGUCGCAUGAGGCAGAUUGCUUCCACCAGCUCUAAUUCUUCUCCCAAAAGCAGCGACCCCUGUCAAGAGAUUCCUCUCAGCCAGAUACCCGCUUCUGUUGCCUCAGCGGGUACCAAUACAAGCAAAACAUUCAGCUGCCCCCCAGCUCAGGAACAUCCGAACCAAGUGGCAGAAUCUGUUAGACGUCUUGCGUCAAAGGUGGUUGCCUAUCACUACUGUCAAGCUGACAACACUUAUACAUGCCUUGUCCCAGAAUUUGUGCAUAGUAUUGCUGCUCUUCUUUGCCGGUCUCAUCAGUUAACAGCAUACAGAGAACUUUUGAUAAGGGAACCACAUCUACAAAGUAUGCUUAGCCUUAGGUCCUGCGUUCAAGAUCCAGUAGCAGCGUUCAGAAGAGGAGUGCUGGAACCACUUGCAAAUCUUAGGAAAGAACAUAAAAUUCCAGAAGAGGAAUAUAUCAUUUUGAUAGAUGGCUUAAAUGAGGCUGAAUUUCAUAAACCUGAUUAUGGGGACACGGUUUCUUCAUUCAUCACAAAUAUUAUUUCUAAAUUUCCUCCCUGGCUAAAACUGAUAGUGACUGUAAGAACAAACUUUCAGGAAAUAAUCAGCUCAUAUCCUUUCUUCACGAUCUCCCUGGAUGAUUUCCCUGAAAAUAAAGAAAUACAGGCUGAUUUGAAUGCGUACAUUCAGUACAGGAUCGGUGCCAGCCAGGAUAUUGUAAACAAUAUAUCUCUGAAUGGAAAAGCUGAUGCAGCUAUAAUUGGGAAAGUGAGCAACCAUCUGAUCAUGAGGAGCAUGGGAUCCUAUCUCUACUUGAAAUUGACCCUGGAUCUCUUUCAGAAGGGUCACCUCGUGAUCAAAAGUGCAAGCUACAAGGUAGUUCCAGUCUCUCUCUCUGAGCUCUAUUUGCUUCAGUGCAACAUGAAGUUCAUGACGAACUCAUCGUUUGAAAGGGCCCUGCCAGUGCUGAAUGUGGCUCUGGCAUCACUUCACCCAAUGACAGAUGACCAGAUUUUCCAGGCCAUCAAUGCUGGCCAGAUAUAUGGUGAACAGGACUGGGAAGAGUUCCAUCAGAGGAUGGAGUCCCUUUCAGGCUUUUUGAUAAAAAGGCGAGACAAAACGCGAAUGUUCUGCCAUCCAUCCUUCAGGGAGUGGCUGGUCUGGAGAGCAGAGGGUGAAAACACGGACUUCUUGUGUGAACCAAGGAAUGGGCAUGCGCUCCUGGCAUUCAUGUUCUCAAGGCAGGAAGGAAAGCUUAACCGUCAGCAAACAAUGGAGCUUGGGCAUCACAUUCUGAAAGCACAUAUAUUCAAGGGGCUCAGCAAAAAGACUGGAAUUUCUUCCAGCCACCUUCAAGCCUUGUGGAUUGGCUAUAGCACUGAUGGUUUGUCAGCAGCUCUUGCAUCCUUGAGAAAUCUUUAUACACCCAAUGUAAAGGUGAGUCGUCUGCUGAUUUUGGGUGGUGCAAAUGUAAACUACAGGACAGAAGUUCUCAACAAUGCUCCAAUAUUGUGUGUUCAAUCUCAUCUUGAUCAUGAAGAAGUGGUCCUCCUUCUGCUUGAAUUUGGUGCCGCCAUUGAUGGUGCGUCUGAGAAUGGGAUGACCCCACUUUGCUGUGCAGCAGCUGCAGGCCACAUGCAUAUAGUUUCACUGCUCUGCAAGAAAGGAGCAAAGAUCAAUCACUUGGAUAAAAAGGGACAGUGUGCUUUGGUUCAUAGUGCCCUAAGGGGCCAUUCUGAUAUUCUUGAAUAUCUGCUGAACAUGGAUUGGAGCACUUCCCAGCAGCAGAAUUCACUGACAAAGCGACAGGCACUUCAGCAGGCUCUGACAGCAUCUUCAAGCAUGGGACAUUGUCAGGUGAUUCAUUUUCUGAUGCGGAUUGAAAAGGAGCCUAAAAUCGACAUCAAUGAAACAGACACACUGUGGGGAGAAACAGCUUUGACUGCUGCUGCUGGGAGAGGAAAGCUGGAAGCAUGUGAACUAUUACUUCAACAUGGUGCUCUAGUAAUGAGAACUAAUAGAAGAGGGAUCCCUCCCCUUUUUUGUGCUGUGCGUCAGGGACACUGGCAGAUUGCAAAACUUCUGCUGGAAAAGGGAGCUGAUAUAAAUUUAAGUGACAAGCAAGGCAGGACACCACUCAUGGUAGCUUCUUGUGAAGGACAUCUUAGCACUGUUGAAUUUCUCAUCUCCAAAGGUGCAGACAUUUCAUUGCUGGACAAGGAGGGCCUGACAGCACUGAGUUGGGCUUGCCUCAAAGGACACAAGAGUGUGGUCCAGUAUUUGGUUGAGAAAGAUGCCACAAUAGACCAGACGGACAAGAAUGGAAGAACCCCCUUGGAUUUAGCAGCUUUCUAUGGAGACUCAGAUAUUGUGCAGUAUUUGGUAGAGAAGGGUGCAGUGAUUGAACAUGUUGACAAUAGUGGGAUGCGCCCAUUGGACAGAGCAAUUGGAUGUCGAAAUACAUCAGUGGUAGUCACACUGCUUCGAAAAGGAGCCAAAUUAGGAAAUGCAGCAUGGGCCAUGGCUACUUCGAAACCUGAUAUUUUGAUUAUCCUACUACAAAAGCUAAUUGAAGAAGGAAACAUGAUGUACAAAAAAGGGAAGAUGAAAGAGGCAGCACAGCGGUACCAGUAUGCCUUACGGAAGUUUCCUCGAGAGAGUUUUGGAGAAGAAAUGAAAGCUUUCAAUGAGCUCAGAGUUUCCUUAUAUCUAAACCUCUCAAGAUGCCGCAGAAAAACAAAUGAUUUUGGCAUGGCAGAGGAGUUUGCUACCAAGGCACUUGAUCUCAAACCCACAUCCUAUGAAGCGUAUUAUGCUAGAGCAAGAGCCAAGAGGAACAGCAGGCAAUUUCAUGCAGCCCUUGGUGACUUGCGAGAAGCCAUAAAGUUGUGCCCUGGAAACCAAGAAAUAAAGAGGCUGCUAGCUCGAGUUGAAGAGGAGUGCAAACAGCUCCAGAGAACACAGCAACAAAAGCAGCAGUGUCCUCUGCCAGCCCAAGCGAGCAAUGACUCUGACAAUGAGGGGGAAGCUCUUGUUCAGGAUCACUUCAGUCUGGAAGAGAUAGAAGAGGAGGAACUUUUGCAUGAAGACGAGCCUGGUCCGUCUGGGCAGAGGCUGCCACUUUCCCAGGGUAAUGCAUAUUGCAGCAGAAACUCUCAGGAAGGCAGCCAGCAGAAAUUUAGACCCAUAUCCCCUCCAAACAGAGCAGGCAGUAAAUACCUGAGAGAGCCUGGCUUAACUAUGCAGCCCACAAAACAAGCACAGAUAGUAAAAACCAACCAACACCUGAAUUCCGUCCAGUCUGUGGCAAGAACUGGAUCUAUUCAGUCCAGCACAAUGACUCAGCCCCUUCAAUAUCUUCCUCCAAGCCCUGUGACCUCCAGGCACCUCACAAAUCCAAGCAACAGUAAAAGCCAGCAUUUGGAUGGGACAAGUACACUAUCAGCAAAUAUCACCACGGGCAAUAACAGCUCAGCAGUAUUCAGUGAAAGAUCAACAGCAGUCCAGGUUCCCUACUUGCAGCAUAGUGAUAAAGGAUCGCCUCAUUCCUUCAUGAGUAAGUCCAAAACGCAUGAGAGGCUAGCUGUCCACACUCCUGCAAACAUCGAAAACACAGGUCCAUUACAAUCUCAAGGAACUGGCGAGUUAAGGCAGCAAAACCCUAUCUGUUCUGGUCUGCUUUCUGUUAGCAUGGUAGCUUCCAGCUCAACAAGCAGUCUGUCCUCAAGCAGCAGCUUCUGUGAGAGUGUAAAAGGGCAAAGUCCAGACAUUCGGCUCAAGGACAGCAAAGGUAGUCAAUGUCAGAGUGGAACAGCAGAACAUAGGCCUCGGAAUACUCCCUUCAUGGGGAUCAUGGAUAAAACUGUGCGGUUCCAGCAGCAGCAACAGCAGCAGCAGGUGAACCUAUCAAAUCGCAGUUGGCAUGGCCAAGCUGCAGAAGGGUUCCUGAAAAGUGCUGGAACGACACUGACUUUGAGCUGUGAGCAGUUCUCUGCCAAACAUGCAGGUAGCUAUGGCAAUCCAGGAGAGAGCAUCCAGAAUGGAACUCAGCCUAAAGAACUAGAAGAACUACAGUGCCAAGCAUCUGCCUGCUCACAAGAUAGCAGGAUAGGUAAGCCUGUGGCUCAUUUGUACCAGGAAGUUCUCUCUAAACAGCACACUCAGCUUAAUAAAGACAUUCAUUUGAGUCACGUGACGUCUACAAAGCCAAAGCGAUCUUUCGUAGAAUCUAAUGUCUGAAUAAUGCUAGCCAUUUCUUUACAAACUCUUAAUAGUGAUGAACCAUCUCCCUGGUUGUAAAACUUAGUGCAUAGUAGCAUAUAAGUUACUGAUAUUAAUCACUAAUAUUUUACAGGGUCCAUAACAGAAACCAGACCAUCCAGCCAUUUUCUUUAAUGCUAAGACUGUCCACAGCAUGCCUGUGACUAUUAAUCAAGAGAUGAGUGGCCACUACAUAUAGUUAAGAAGCUAUUUGUUUAUGUAGGAGAACAUGUUUUUCUAAGAGAGGAUUUAAACAGGCUUGCCUGAUUAACUAGACUGGUCAGUAAAUCAAGCUGAGUCCUUUUGAGAAAGGCAAAUACAAUUAUUUUGUACAGCCAUGUAUAUCUGUUACUGCUUGAAAUGAAUUAAUUCCUGCAAGGUGGUGGGAUCCACAGAACAUCCAAAUCUGUCCAUGAAUGUUCUUUUAUCAGGAAGAUUUAGUAGUAUUCCAGUUUCAUAAGGAUUCAGGUGUAAACCUGUCACCUCUGUGCAAAUCAUUCAGCAGCCAACGUGCAACUGAGGUUGACUUUCAUUACUGCAGUUUAGGAGGUAAAUUACAGGAUAUUUUGCAUGAAUUUUUUCCAACAUCCUGGUUAUUGCACUGAAUAUAUAAUUAUGACAUGUUAACAACAUAUAACAGCACUUUACAUAGUUUAUCCAAACACCUUUUGAGGUGCUAUGUCAGUACAAGAUGGAGGAUAAAGAGGAAUACAAGCUUUGCUAGUGUUUCUAUAGAACACUCAACAAAUGUCUGAGGAGUAUAGCAUGUGCAUUUACUUUAGAGGAACGACAUCUGAUACUUUCCUCAGUGUUUCACAGUGGAAAAGCUUUUUUAAAAAAUUUCAAGGAUGUUUGUAAGGACAUUCCUGUGAGGUUGGAGUUAUACAAACUUGGAGUAUUCUGUUGCCCUUUAACAGUAAUUUCCAUGUGUACAGUAUGUAGGUACAUUAUAACAGCAUUCUUGUGUGAUUUUUUAAGAAACUCGCAAUUUAAAAAAUGAAUUGUUAUUCUCUAUUCUAGCUUAUUUAUUGUUUAUCUUGGUAUUUGUACAAUCUUAUUUUAUUCUCUUGUUCUGUAGAUCUAUUUUUUGCACAGCUACUGUAUUUUCCCAUAUGAAAUAAAAGACUAUUAAUAUAGUUUCUGGUUGGGUAGUAUACAUAGCCUUACACUGUUCUACCUUCUCUAACUGUUGUGCCAGUCAGUCAUCACCAAUCAACUUCAAUAAGGUUUUGGUAGGAAACCACCUGGCCCUCCAAAUGUUCCAUCAUCCACAGUCAGCAUGGCUGACGGUCAAGGAUCAUGGGAGUUGAAGUGCAACAGCAUCUGAAGGCCUAUAGUACACCCUAUUCUAUGGGUUACCUCUCUGCACCAAAGGUAUAUCAUAAAAAAGUUAUUGACAUGUCCAAAUACUACUGUUAACAAUGCUGGCUCUCCAGAAGUCCUCACUGAGGUACCUACUACAUACACAUGGCUGCAUCUUCAAGCCCCUUGGAGUAUUUAUGAACAUCAGAAUUUUACAAAAUAGCACUGAAGAUGAUGUGCUUAUUUAAUUAGCCUUAGUUGGAGAAGUUUGCCAUUUAGUUAUUGGACCAUGCUUCACUGAAUAUAGUUAACUGCUAAUUAAGGAAGCAUGAUGUCAAUGUUGGCUCCUAGCCAAAGUGAUCCUGCGAUUCACUGUUGACCAGUACCCAUGCCACAUCUAAUCAGGGCAUGCAAACUCUUAGAGAAGCCUUUUCAUCCUUUCUACUAAGCCCUACAGUGCUCAGUAUACUUAGCUGUAUGUUUCCAAAAUUAAACUUUUGUUGACAAAGUUAUUUACAUAAGAUAUAGGCAAGAACCUAUGAAAGGUCAUUUAAAAAAAUGAUUUCUUCCAAUAAGUCUCAUUAGGCCCCAAAAUGAAAUACUUAAUUGUUGCAGCUGCAUAAUUUCUAAAUUACAUUUAAUUUAUUAUUGAACAUAAUCCAGCAUGCUUGGCUCUCCUACUGAAAUUAAUGGGACAUGCGAUGCUGUGCAUGUGGAUGUCCCACAUGCAUGUCAUUAAGUAUCAAUGGAAGUUACUAGAUAAAUAUAUAAAAUUUCAACUUUAACUUGAUCAUGCUUAACAUAAAAAACAUAACUUAUAGGUGCCAAGUAUAAAUCAUGUUAGGUAGCAAUUUGAAUUCUGAUCAGAUUAAAUCAAGGGGCUGAAUUUAUACAGAGGUACAGUGAAAGACAACGGCACCAAGAUGUUUACUGUUGUAUUCACCUACCUUCAGCUUCAUUCCCACUUAUUUGAAAGAACAAUCAUGCUGUUUAGGGAGACUGCUUUUCAUAUUUUGGCUGGGUUUCCAACCAGCGAUUGAUAGCCAUUUUCAAAGUUCUGUUUGGGGUAAGUAUAAGUCUUUGAAGAGGGAGAUUUGUCAUGGGACUGGAAUGCCUUUUUUCAGUGAUCCACUUUUCCAUUGCUUCCUUCUCAUAGGAAUAGCCAUCUGAAAAGAGAAUUACAAACUUUACUGGAAAGGGGUAUAUGCAUGCAUGCCCUACAAAAAACCCUUAAAGACAUUCUAAAAAAUUGCCUUGGCAGAAUACAGAGUUAAAAGGCUGAUAUGUAAUUGAGCUAGGCAACAUUGGUGCCCCAAACCUUGGAGAGCUACUGCCAGUUGCAGAAGACUGGAGAAAAUCCUUUCCCCCUUUUAAGCACAAGGGCUACAUUACAUUUUGGUUCACCACCCAGGGCCUGCAGUGACCAGGGCCAACCCACACAUGCAUCCAGACUCUUGCCUCUCCUCAUGCAGGAAUUAGACUUUUUUAAAAAAGCAUCAGAACUCUUUUCAAAACGAUGUAAGCAUGAAUACAGAACUCCCUCAACCAUAUUUCCAACAUUAGGCAGAGCACACUUGAAAUCACUACAGCAUGUACUGUACAUUCAAUAGGGCACUGGAGCCCUUUGCAACUCUGAUGUUUUUGCAAAUACUUUUCCAAGUCACAAUUCUUGUAAAGUGGACCCCACUCCUUAUUCUCCCCCCUCCCCGUGAUUGUCUCAACUGUAGGUAAAAUUUAGAUUUUUCUUUUCAUUUUGCUUAUGAGACACUAUAUGCAAAGCCAUAUGAACAAUGAUGCUAUUUUAUAAAAUCAAUAACUACGGUAGAUACAUUUACACCCAUAGUUUAUGUUGCCUGAAUGACGAUUUGCAAUUGCACUUAUCAUAGGGGUUACAAUUAAAAUAAAAAGAUAAGACUGAACACUGUUUUCUGUUGGUAGAUAAAUACAUUCUCCCAUCAACCUUCUCCAAACAUUUCCUGAAUGAAAGCUGGGAUUCUAUGCACAUCUAUUAUAUUACUUAUUUUAAUAUGAGCUUUAAAAUUGGUUUCCCAAAGUUCAUCACAAAGCCGUCAAAAGAAUCAUCAGAGCUGCUAUGCAAGGUCCCUUGUGCCCAUUGCCUUUCAUGUAUAAAACAGAAGCACCGAAACAGUGACGUGACUAGGCAGUAAAUUGCCAGUGACAAUCUGCAUUUUAAUAGUCCUCAUUCAAUACCGAUGCUUUU